AUGUCAAGUAGUAAUGAUUUAAGUAGUGUUCUUGAUAAAAACCAAUCAACAAUAUUUAACGAGAUAAAAGGAUUAAAAUUCUCACCAUUGACAUAUGAAAGAUAUAAUGAACUUUUAGAAAAAUACACUAUUUCUAAUUAUCCAUCAAGUCAUUUAUUAAUAUUAAAGGAACAAACACGAACACUGAAUGAUAAGAAUUUAUCAAAAGUAAUUUCAUCAUUAAAAAAUUAUCAUGAAAAUAUAUCUCCUUCAAUGAAAAAAUCACUUGAACCUGUUUUUGUUGAAACACUUCAAAGUGUUGAACGAUUUUGUCAAAGACAAUGUUCAUUAUUAGAUAAACUAACAGAUUUAGUACAUCUUUUGUUAAGUGAAGUACCAGAUGGAGUAUUAUCUCCAUAUCAUGCAUUAUUAGCACAUAUUCUCUUUGCAAAAAAAGAAUAUGAACAUGGUAAAAUAUUAUAUUUUACAAAAUAUCAUAAAGUUCAACAACCAAUGAAUUCUUUCACUCUUCAAUUGUUUUUGUACUAUUCAGGAUGUAUUGCUUUGUAUAAUCGUGAUCUUCAAGAAGCUUAUUUCCUUUUUGAUCAAUGUAUUACAACACCAUCAAAAGAGAUAACUCCACAAUGUGUUGCAGCAUGGAAAAAAGAGGCAUUACUUUGUCUUAUAAUAAAUUACAGUUUAUAUCCUGUUUCAAAACAAUUCAAUUACUUUAUUGAUUUAUACAAACCAUUAUUGGUUUAUAAACAAAUCCAAGAAAAUUUCAUCAAUGGACCAGAAAAGGUGAAAUUCAUUAUUGAAGCAUUUUCAUCAGUACUUAAACAAGAUGGGAAUUUAGGAUUAGCUCAACAAGUUGUUGUUUCAUAUAUUUAUUCAGGAAUUAAUAAAGUUUCUAAAGCAUUUAACUCAAUUAGUGUUGAGGCAUUAGCAAGAAGAAUUCAUUAUGAUAAAAAUCUAUUAAGCGUAGGACUGAACAAAUUAAUAAAAAAAAGGUUAAUUAAUGCAUCUUUUGAUGGUGAUAUUAUCGUAUUUGAAGAAGUAAAAGUUAAAGACAAAGGACUUGUUGAAUUACUUUUCCAAUUAAAGGAAUGUGAACAAAUUUAUGAAGAAAUGAAACACCAUUUAACAAUAAGAGAAGAAGAACAAAUGAAUAAGAAAGAAUCAAUUAAUUAA